CGCUGCUGGGCUGGCGGUAGCGGUGGGAGGUGGGUGACCCGCGGUGGGGCUCCUCGGCCAUGACUGCGGAGCUGCAGCAGGACGACGCGGCCGGAACGGCCGACGGCCACGGCUCGAGCUGUCAAAUGCUGUUAAAUCAACUGAGAGAAAUCACUGGCAUUCAGGACCCUUCCUUUCUUCACGAAGCUCUAAAGGCCAGUAAUGGUGACAUCACCCAGGCAGUCAGCCUUCUCACUGAUGCAAGAGUGAAGGAGCCCAGUCAAGACACCACUGCUACAGAACCAUCUGAAGUAGAGGGGAGUGCUGCCAACAAAGAAGUGUUAGCAAAAGUGAUAGACCUUACUCAUGAUAACAGAGAUGAUCUUCAGGCUGCCAUUGCUUUGAGUCUCCUGGAGUCCCCCAAAAUUCAAGCUGAUGGAAGAGAGCUUAACAGGAUGCACGAGGCAAACUCUGCAGAAACUAAACGCUCAAAGAGAAAACGUUGUGAAGUCUGGGGAGAAAACCCCAAUCCCAAUGACUGGAGGAGAGUUGAUGGUUGGCCAGUUGGGCUGAAAAAUGUUGGCAAUACAUGUUGGUUUAGUGCUGUUAUUCAGUCUCUCUUUCAGUUGCCUGAAUUUCGAAGACUUGUUCUCAGCUAUAGUCUGCCACAAAAUAUACUUGAAAAUUGUCGAAGUCACACGGAAAAGAGAAAUAUCAUGUUUAUGCAAGAGCUUCAGUAUUUGUUUGCUCUGAUGAUGGGAUCAAAUCGAAAGUUUGUAGACCCUUCAGCAGCCCUGGAUCUGUUAAAGGGAGCAUUCCGAUCAGCAGAGGAGCAGCAGCAAGAUGUGAGUGAAUUCACACACAAGCUCCUGGAUUGGCUAGAGGACGCAUUCCAGCUAGCUGUUAAUGUUGACAGCAAUCCCAGGAACAAAUCUGAAAAUCCAAUGGUACAGCUAUUCUACGGUACUUUCCUGACUGAAGGGGUUCGUGAAGGAAAGCCCUUUUGUAACAACGAGACCUUUGGCCAGUAUCCCCUUCAGGUAAACGGUUAUCGCAACUUAGACGAAUGUUUGGAGGGGGCCAUGGUGGAGGGUGACAUUGAGCUUCUGCCUUCCGAUCACUCAGUGAAGUAUGGACAAGAGCGUUGGUUUACAAAGCUACCUCCAGUGUUAACCUUUGAACUCUCAAGAUUUGAGUUCAAUCAGUCCCUUGGGCAGCCCGAGAAAAUUCACAAUAAGCUGGAAUUUCCUCGGAUUAUUUAUAUGGACAGGUACAUGUACAGGAGCAAGGAACUUAUUCGAAAUAAGAGAGAGUGUAUUCGACAGUUGAAAGAAGAAAUAAAUGUUCUGCAGCAAAAAUUGGAAAGGUACGUGAAGUAUGGCUCAGGCCCGGCUCGGUUCCCACUCCCGGACAUGUUGAAAUAUGUUAUUGAAUUUGCUAGUACAAAACCUGCUUCAGAAAGCUGCCCGACUCAAGGUGACACACACAUGACAGUACCACUUUCUUCAGUGCACUGCCCGGUUUCUGACCUGACAUCCAAGGAAAGUACAAGUACAGAAAGCUCUUCUCAGGAUGUCGAAAGUACCUUUUCUUCUCCUGAAGAUACUCUACACAAGUCUAAGAUAAUGAAUAAGCCACUUACAUCUUCCCGGUCUUCCAUGGCAAUGCCUGCACACCCAGCUCCUCGAACGGUCACAGAUGAGGAGAUAACCUUUGUUAAGACCUGUCUUCAGAGGUGGAGGAGUGAGAUUGAACAAGAUAUACAAGAUUUAAAGAAUUGUAUUACAAGCACUACCCAGACUAUUGAGCAGAUGUACUGUGAUCCUCUCCUUCGUCAGGUGCCUUAUCGCUUGCACGCAGUUCUUGUUCAUGAAGGACAAGCAAAUGCUGGACACUACUGGGCCUACAUCUAUAAUCAACCCCGACAGAUCUGGCUCAAGUACAAUGACAUCUCUGUUACUGAAUCUUCCUGGGAAGAACUCGAAAGAGAUUCCUUUGGAGGUGUGAGAAAUGUCAGUGCUUACUGUCUGAUGUAUAUUAAUGACAAGCUGCCCCACUUCAAUGCAGAGGCAGCCCCAAAUGAGUCUAAUCAAAUGUUAGAAGAAGUGGAAGCCCUCUCUGUUGAACUUAAGCAUUACAUUCAGGAAGAUAACUGGCGGUUUGAGCAGGAGGUAGAGGAGUGGGAAGAAGAGCAGUCUUGCAAAAUCCCUCAAAUGGAAUCCUCCCCCAACUCCACAUCACAGGAUUCCUCUGCAUCACAAGAGCCUCCAGGAGCCUCUUCUCAUGGGGUUCGCUGCCUGUCAUCUGAGCACGCUGUGAUUGUAAAGGAACAGACUGCCCAGGCAAUUGCGAACACAGCACGUGCCUAUGAGAAGAGCGGUGUAGAAGCAGCAUUGUGUGAGCUUAAGGAAGCUGAACCCGAGAAGCCCAUGCCCCAGGAAACAAACCAUGCAGAGCAGUCAGAACAGCCCCAACAGGCUAAUGACGCAGAAUCUGCUGCCCAGCCUAAUUCUGAGGUCUCUGAAGUCGAGAUUCCCAGUGUGGGAAGGAUUCUGGUUAGAUCUGAUGCAGAUGGAUAUGAUGAGGAGGUGAUGCUGAGCCCUGCCAUGCAAGGGGUCAUCCUGGCCAUAGCUAAAGCCCGUCAGACCUUUGACCGAGAUGGGUCUGAAGCUGGGCUUAUUAAGGCAUUCCAUGAAGAAUACUCCAGGCUCUAUCAGCUGGCUAAAGAGACCCCCACCUCUCACAGUGAUCCUCGACUUCAACAUGUCCUUGUCUACUUUUUCCAAAAUGAAGCACCCAAGCGGGUAGUAGAAAGGACCCUUCUGGAACAGUUUGCAGAUAAAAAUCUUAGCUACGACGAAAGAUCGAUCAGUAUUAUGAAGGUAGCUCGAGCUAAGCUGAAGGAAAUCGGUCCAGAUGACAUGAAUAUGGAGGAGUACAAGAAGUGGCAUGAAGAUUAUAGUUUGUUUCGAAAGGUGUCUGUGUAUCUCCUAACAGGCCUGGAACUUUAUCAAAAAGGAAAGUACCAAGAGGCACUGUCCUACCUGGUGUACGCCUACCAGAGCAAUGCUGCUCUGCUAAUGAAGGGUCCCCGCCGUGGGGUGAAGGAGUCGGUGAUUGCUUUAUACCGAAGAAAAUGCCUUCUGGAGCUGAAUGCUAAAGCGGCUUCUCUCUUUGAAACAAAUGAUGAUCACUCUGUAACAGAGGGCAUUAAUGUGAUGAAUGAGCUGAUCAUUCCCUGCAUUCACCUUAUCAUUAAUAAUGACAUCUCCAAGGAUGACCUGGAUGCCAUUGAGGUCAUGAGAAACCAUUGGUGCUCUUACCUUGGGCAAGAUAUUGCAGAAAAUCUACAGCUGUGCUUAGGGGAGUUUCUACCCAGGCUUCUGGAUCCUUCUGCCGAAAUCAUUGUGUUGAAGGAACCUCCAACUAUUCGACCCAAUUCUCCCUAUGACCUUUGUAGCCGAUUUGCAGCUGUCAUGGAGUCAAUUCAGGGAGUUUCAACUGUGACAGUGAAAUGAGCCCUGCAUGUUCAAGGCCCAUCCUGGUCUCUGGUUGCCUGCCUGUUGUACAGAAGUCUAUUGUCACAGUGUUCAUCUUGGGAAAGUGGUUAGGUGGACAAGAUUCAGAUCCAGACCCCUACCAUGCUGCCUCUAAAGAAGGAUUGAAAAUAAAAUUGCACUUUUUAGGUACAGAAUCAUAAAAGUUAUUUCACUAAAAAAGGCAGGAACCAGUGUAUUAAGGUAUUGAAUUAUGCCAGAAGACCUGAAAUGCCUUUGUACCUACAGUAAUGCUUGGGUUCUUCUAAGCCUCUUGCUACUUUUUAAAUUAUCUUUCUGGCAUAAAUAUUUUUGACAGCAGAAUAGAAGAGUGAUUCAUCAGAACAUGAACCAGAUGAACAGCUACUAGUUAUUUUAUCAAAUACAGGUGACAUUUAAAAAUUCUUAACUACAAGAGAUUAGAAAUCUAAACCUUCUCUGGCUUUUGACAGGAGAUGACAAAAAAUGGAUUGCUGAUGAACUGCCACCCUAUUACGUGUGGGUAGAAUAUAAGGUCACAUUGCAGUGAGAUGCUGAAAAGUCACAAGAAAGUGGUCUCUUCUUUCUUCUCUUUUAUUUUUUUAAAUAAACCAGAAAACCUCAUACUCAGUCCUGGGUGAAAGAAAGAAAAACAUUAAGGAUUUAGACAAUAGCAUUGUGAAACUUGACUAAAGAUAAUGUGUUAAUAGUUGCUAACCAUUUAGGUGAAAUUUUCUAGUACCUGAAAAUUCUCACAGACUGGUGUCUAAGGCUACUGCUGGCCCCCCUCCCCAUUGAUACCCCUCUCCUUUUUUGCUUUUUGAAAAUGAGGGAUGUGUAUUUGUAAAAAGAAAAAAAAAUCUAUAUAUAUGUAUAUAGAGACGGAAAACUAUCCCCUGUUGACCAUUUUUAAAAGGCUCCUUAUCGGACAUUGGGUUUUAACCAAAUUUUAAAGAUUAAUGGAGGAAUUGUGGGAGGAAAGAACACUUGAUACAACUAUGCAGAUUUUAUAAAUGUGCAAUAAAAGUAUUUGUUUUACCUUUGG